AUGAGAGCCGUGGAAGAGUGGCGAGCGAAUUUGAUCCUACCAACCCAUGCGUACUGGCACAAAUGGACAAAGGCACUCAGAGACUCUGAUCCUGGCGGUCUUCUCACAGCUCGCAAGUUCGUUGAGCGUUGGUGCGACUGUCAGCCCGGGACGGCCUUUGAGGUGAAAGAACAGACGAAUGGCAGGAUAAAAGUAUUCGAAUGUAUUUCCGAGGUCCAUGUUCCUCUAUUGGGACUGCGGAAGGUAGUCUCCUAUGGCUGUAAUCGGGCAAGUCUGAGCCAGCCAGAGGCCAUCAGCAACUCGAAUAUCGCACUGGUCUCGAGGCUCUACCAGGAUGGCAAACUUGACAGCAUCUACAAAGGCACGAUCGCGUCAAGAAAGUUUAUGGCGAUUUACGAGGAGGCUGCACGGUAUGGCCUACAUCCGAGAUUCAAGUUGAGCAUGUUGGACGAUCGACCUGGCGCUUCAUUCUAUAUUAGGCUGGACGUACCUGAGUGGAAGCUCUUUGCCUCUGCGUCUGCCCGAACAUAUAUCAGCGCUUUGGCUAGAGUGGUCGACACUUACGAGUCGAAAGCUAAGAUAGCCAGGGUCAAGACUUGUUUCUCACCACAAGCUUCAAAGAACACACUAGAUCUCUUAACCUACACAACUGCACACCGGGCCUUGAAGUUCCUUUUGCAGAGACUGCAGUUGGACAAAGUAUAUGAAGCGCGCAGGCUCGAUGAUCCUCAGGGACCACAGUGGACAUACAACAUCUACGUUCAGGGAUUCAAGCCGCUGGAAGUUCCGACAAUACGUCAAUGCGACGCACGAUACGUUGGGAUCACGACGACGGUGGUGCGAUUGCUGCAGCGGUUUGGCUUUGAUAAAAUGCACGGAUUCAAAAGGUAUCUCGAAGUAGGCAGAAACAUGAGGAGCGAGUCAGCAUGCUCGGGCGAAAAGGAAAAGACUGAGAGGGCUGUUCGGUCUCAGACAAGUUCGCCUGAGUAUCGGAGACUUGACCCAAACCAAGACAUCUUGAGCCUGCCCGACGCCAGUUCCAGAUACUCCCGAGGUCGACGCAGCUCAGACAUGACGAGUUGA